ACACGGACAAGGACUGAAUCAGAGCAUUCAAGAGAGAGAUAAUAGGAUCGGAAAGGUAUUUCCCGAGCGAAACCUGAACCCGUCUUGGCGGAAUCUUAGAAAAAGGGAAACGAAGGCCAAGGCUCAGCCUGGAAUUGAUGGCUUACAGGUUCAUUUCUUAUCCUUCCAAGACGAUUUGAUCGAUCGGUCGAUCGAUGGAAAUCCUCGACGCUCAUUUUCUCUCCAAUUUGUUUUAGUUUCAUGAACCAAUUUGGAGUAAAAGUUAGGGUUUGAAGCCCCCAUUUUGUGAUUUCAAUAGAUUGUUAAGAUUGCUACUGGAAAACAGAGUAGGACAUAGAUUGGUUGGUGGUGUUUGUCAUGCCAUUUUCGGGGUCCUCAUCUGUCCUGAGGAAAACAGAGGAUAACAAGUUAGGUGAUUUUAGGGUUAAGAAGAAACUUAAGAGGAUAGAAUCUAUUUCUGAGAAGGCAUAUAAUCUGAACCAUAGUGUGGCUGGAAGGGUGGACCCUAUUGAUCCUAGUAAUGCUGAAGAAAAUGAACUUGAGCUCAGGCGGAGCACUAGGGUCCGAAAGGCUCCUGUUCUACUUGAUUCGUCUCCUCAUCCUCCAAAGAAGCGAGCAAAAGUGGGCAAAAGGGGUGGGAUGAGUGGUGAGAGUAGAGAAGAGGAUGGAAAGCAAUUCGAGAUAGUCUGCUCUUUAUCUAGGGAUUUGGUUCACAAUGCUGAUGGUUGGAAAUCAAGACUGAGAUCCAGGCGCAGGAAUGAAAGCUUUGUUUUGAGACGGAAAGGGGUGACUUCACCAGCAUUUAGUAGGAAGCUUAGUGAGAACUCGGGAAAGUUCAAAGGCAAAUCAAUUGAGGAUAAUGAACUGUUUAAUGACAGACAAGUAGGGAAGGUAUGUGGAAAAUUGACUAUAUUUAAGUCAAAGAGACCUGGAAGAGUUAAGGCAUCAAGUGCUUUUGAGAAACAAGGCAUUGAUUUGAGCGGUAGUUUCGAGGGUGAUGAAUUGAAUAAUGCAGAAGAGAGACAAAUGAGUGAAGAUGACGAUACACUGAUACUUAAAAAUGAUGCGCUUGAAGAAGAGGAAAAAAUCAUUAACAGCGACGAGGCACUUGAAGAAGUGAAUAAAGAGAAUUUUCCAUUUGACAGUGAAAGGAAUAAGGCAGUAAAGGGUGCAAGUGUACCUUCACCAACUGUCAAUAUUGAGGAUGAAGUAGAAAUGUGUUCACAUGCUAAGCAAUGCACAGGGUCAGAUCAUAUAAAGCUCAUGGAUCAGGGUAUGCCCAUAGAAUGGCGUGUCGGCAUUGAGUCAGGAGACAAAGGAAAUGAUCUAGAAAUUGGCUUGGCCACUCAUGAUGAAAAUGAAAAUUGUAAUGCUAGUGACGUGAGAAGUAAACAUCCGAAAGUAGGAUAUGAUGAAAAGACAAAAGAUGCAGUAGAUGGUGUUAUCUUCUACAAAAGAAAGGACAAGAGGUCCUGUGAUAGACCUCCAGGAAACCAUAGGAUGAUUGAUGCUUCAAGAAAGCUGAAGAUUAAAGUUGGAAGACGUUGUGGCUUGUGUGGAGGAGCUACUGAUGGAAAACCUCCCAGAAAACUAGUGCAAUAUGUGGCUCAAAGUGAUAAUGAAGCACAUAGUGAGUCUUCUGCUUCUGAGGAACCUAAUUAUGAUGAAUGGGAUGGAUUCGGUGAUGAACCUACCUGGCUUGGACGCCUACUGGGCCCCGUAAAUGACCGUUUUGGUAUUGCUGGAGUUUGGAUUCAUCAGCAAUGUGCUGUAUGGAGUCCAGAGUUUGACCCAACAAGUUUGCCAUAACCUGAAUGUUGAAGGAUCUCUCUGCAGUGGCUCAUCUUUUCUUUGGGUAU